AUGUUCGCCGUAAAAGGAUGGUCAGUCGACUCGAGUGCGCUCAAGACNCAGCAAGCCGCUCAGCCCGCCGCCAAAAAGCCUGAAGAUGGCGCAACUGGACCCUCGGCGCAAACCAAGAAGAGAAAGAGAGGAGGCAAGGACAGAACUCCUAGAGAUGUCAACGACUCGAACGUAGGCGACCUCUGGGCUACGACUAUCGAGGGCAAGAAGGCGCCCAAGAAGCCCAAGAUUGAGAAGAAGGAGAAGGUCGAAGCACAAGACGAGUCUGCUGCAGCUGGCGCAGAGUCUGAGAAGCCUGCAGUUGUUGAAGAGACAGAGAAGCCUGCUACACAAGAGAAGGAAAAGACAUCAGACAGCAAAAAGGCAAAGAACAAGAAGCGCCAAAAGCAAAGAGAGAAGAAGGAAAAGGAAGCCGCCUCAGCAGAUGCAUCCAAAGCCGUCGCCAACACUCCCGCCGCUCCUCCCUCCCUGCCCGUCAAUGCCAAACUCACACCCAUGCAAAUCGCCAUGCGCCAGAAGCUCAUCUCUGCCCGUUUCCGUCACUUGAACGAGACCCUUUACACCGCUCCCUCGGCCACCUCGCUCGCCCUCUUCGCAGACAACCCCGAAAUGUUCGACGACUACCACUCUGGCUUCCGCCAACAGGUUACCACAUGGCCCGAGAACCCCGUCGACAUCUUCAUCCGCUCCAUUCGCGACCGCGCAAAGGUCAAGGUCUAUAAUCAGAACAAAGCCUUCCGUGACGUUAAGAGAGGAAAGGUUCCUAAGGAAGAGGAAGAGCCAGCACUUGGUGAAAAGGCAAACCCGCUACCUCGCACACACGGAACUUGCAACAUCGCAGACUUGGGCUGUGGAGAUGCAAGAUUGGCUGCAACUUUCCACGAAGACGGCAGUGGUACUCGCUACAACUUGAAGAUCGCAUCAUACGACUUGCAAUCACCAAGCAAGUUUGUCACAAAAGCCGAUAUUGCAAAUCUGCCUUGUGCAGAUGGCAGUAUGGAUGUUGCAAUCUUCUGCUUGGCGUUGAUGGGAACGAAUUGGAUCGACUUUAUCGAAGAGGCAUACAGAAUCUUGCAUUGGAAGGGCGAGUUGUGGAUCUCUGAGAUCAAGUCGAGAUUUGGAAGAGUUGGAGGUGACAAGGGCAAGGGUGGUCAGAAGGUCGUCGAACACAGUGUGGGUAACCGCCGUAAAGCUGCUGCGAAGGCAAAGGCUGCAGACGCUACACGCGCGAAGCUCACCGCUGAGGAGGAAGAGGCCGCUCUGCGCGAACAGGUUGAUGAGGUGGUCAUGAAGAAUGAAGAGACCGAUGUUUCAGGCUUCGUCGAAGUUCUGCGACGAAGAGGAUUUGUGCUUAAGGACGAGAAGUCUGUGGAUUUGAGCAACAAGAUGUUCGUCAAGAUGGAGUUCAUCAAGGCUGCUGCACCCGUGGUGGGCAAGAAUGUGCAAGAAGCCGGUGAAGAGAGGAAGGGCGAGAACGGAACUUGGAAGCCCAAGUUCAAGAAGUUUGUCGAAGAAGAGACCAAGGAGGUCAGUGUUGAGGAUGAGACCAAGGUGCUCAAGCCAUGCUUGUACAAGAUUAGGUAG